UGCAGUGCAUGGUGGCUGUCUGAGAAGAACGCUAACUGGCGACCAUGCCAGGAGGUCGCAGGGGUCCCAGCAGACAGCAGCUAAGUCGCUCCUCUCUGCCGUCCCUGCAGACUCUGGUCGGAGGCAGCGUGAGCAAUGGAACGGGGCUCCGGAACAGGAGCAGUAACUCUGUGGGUCUGUCCGCCCCGCCGCUCUCUGCUCUCAUCACCCCGGAGCCGGUCCGUCACUCCAGGAUCCCCGAGCUGCCGUCAGACAGCUGCGUUCUGUUCGAGUUCCUGCUCUUUCUUUAUCUGUUGGUCGCCUUGUUCGUCCAGUACAUCAACAUCUACAGGACGGUGUGGUGGUACCCGUACAGCCACCCUGCUGCCUCUACCUCGCUGAACUUCCAUCUGAUGGACUACCACCUGGCCAUCUUCAUCACUGUCAUGUUGGCCCGGAGGCUCGUUUGGACCAUAGUCUCAGAGGUGUCUCAGAGCGGCGGAGGGUCCCUGCUCCGCUACGUGGUUCUGAUCGCAGCUCGGCUCAGCCUGCUGACCCUGUGUGGCUGGGUGCUCUGCUGGUCACUGGUCAACCUGUGCCGGAACCACUCUGUGCUCAACCUCCUCUUCCUGGGAUACCCGUUCGGCGUGUACGUCCCGCUCUGCUGCUUCCACCAGGAGGGCGGCAAAAGCCCAGCGGCGGUGUCCGACUGCGAUUAUCCGGCAGAACACCAACAGGCUGAACUGACGGAGUCGCAGCUGUUCCGGCCGCGAGACUUCCUCUUCCUUUUACGAGAGAACCUGAGGGAGCAGUUCUCCAGCCCCCCCCACAUGCCCACUCACACGUGCCCCGACACCCCCGAGCUCAUCCGAGCCGAGGUGGAGGAGCUGAAGAGCGACUUCAACCGGAGGAUCAAGGAGGUUCUGUUCAACUCUCUGUUCAGCGCGUACUACGUGGCCUUCCUCCCGCUCUGCUUCGUUAAGAGCACUCAGUACUACGACAUGCGCUGGUCCUGUGAGCACCUGAUCAUCGUGUGGAUCAACGCCUUCGUGAUGCUCAUGAGUCAGCUGCUGCCUCCUACGUACUGCGACCUGUUGCAUCGCUCGGCGGCUCACCUGGGCCGCUGGCAGAAACUAGAGCACGGCUCAUACAGCAACGCACCUCAGCAUGUGUGGUCAGAAAGCACCGUCUGGCCUCAGGGGGUGUUGGUACGACACAGUCGAUGUCUCUACAAAGCAGUUGGACCGUUUAACGUCGCUCUGCCCUCCGAUGUGUCGCAUGCAAGGUUUUACUUCCUGUUCCACAAGCCGCUGCGGUUCCUGAACCUGCUGAUCGGGAUCGAGUCCAGUGUGGUUCUGUACCAGCUGUACUCCCUGCUGCGCUCCGAGCGCUGGAACCACACGCUGUCGCUGGGCCUGAUCCUCUUCUGCAACUAUUACGUGCUCUUCAAGCUGCUUCGGGACCGCAUCGUGCUGGGCCGGGCCUACUCCUGCCCCCUGGCCUCCAACAGCUCGGGGUUCAAGUCGCAGUGAAGGACCUGCAGACCUGGACCGGACCGGGGGGGUGGAAAGAGACUGUGGACUCAUUUUGUGUUUUGAUACGGUUCUAUUUUUAAUGCAAUGUUUAUAUUGACCUAUUUAAAAGAAUAUUUUAUUUUGUAUACCGUUUUUG